AUGUGUGGUAUUACGGCGUAUGUUAACCAUAAAAUACCUCGCACACAGGAAGAAAUUGGGCAAAUCCUUAUAAAUGGUCUUAAAAGAAUGGAAUAUAGAGGCUACGAUUCUGCAGGGCUGUGUGUUCGGAGCAAUGAUGGUUUCACAAUUAUCAAAAAGACAGGAAAGGUGGAAGAGCUUGUAAAAGCAAUAAAUGUUCUUACGCAGGAUAAGUUGGAGUCAUCGGUAAGUAUUGCACACACGCGGUGGGCCACACACGGGUUUCCGUGUGAAAAGAACUGCCAUCCGAUUAGUUCGGGUCAAAGCAAUGAGUUCGUGGUGGUACACAAUGGGAUAAUCACAAAUUACAAGGAACUUAACGAAUUUUUGAAAAAAAGGAAUUACCAGUUUUAUACGGACACUGACACGGAGACAGCCGCAAAGCUGGCGCUCUAUUUCUACGAAAGGAACAAAAACGUAUCGUUCAUGAGCAUUAUUAAGAACGUUGUUCGGUGCUGCGAUGGUGCUUUUUCAUUCAUCUUCGUGUCAUCACACUUCCCGAACGAAAUGAUUGCGGUCCGCAAAAGCAGUCCUUUGUUGAUCGGUGUAAAGAGCAGUUCAAGCUUGUCCAUGGACUCGUUCAACGUGCACUUCGACGAAAGUUCGGUUGAUAGCGUUCGAAACAUGGACAAUGUCGAGGAGCGAGUAGAAAAAAUUUACAGGUUCACAGAGGAGAACAGCCGCUCAGAUGAUACAAGUCUGUCCGGCCACAGUAUUUCAAGCGAUGUUAUCAAUCGCAACGGAACAACGCUAUCGAUCAGUCCAUCAUACAACAACACGGGCGUUUUCAAUGCUGAGGAAGGCAGUAAUUUUACGGAGUGCCAGACAGAGGACCUGAGAACAUCACCGACAUCCCUGAAAAUAAAGGUCAAGGAUAACGAGCAGAUCGAAUACUUCCUAGCAUCGGACACAUCGGCAAUAAUUGAACACACCAAAAAGGUGAUCUACCUGGAGGACUGUGAUAUUGUGCGGAUAAAAGACGGAAAGCUGGAAAUACACAGAUUUAGCGAUAUAAAGACGGAGAGUAAAAGGUUUAUAAACACAUUAGAAAUGGAGCUGGAAAACAUCAUGAAGGGAAAAUUUCCGCAUUUUAUGUUGAAGGAAAUAUACGAGCAGAGUGAAUCGGUUGUCAACACUAUGAGGGGAAGGCUGCAGCUUAGCUGUACAAUAGGAGAGAAUGAGAAGAAGAUGAGCAGUCUUCAGGAUGUUCAGAAUGUUGAGAGGGAAAAUUGGUACCGAAUCAAACUGGGUGGUUUAAAUUCGUAUAUUGAGAACAUAAAAAGGAGCAGCAGAUUGAUUUUUAUUGCAUGCGGUACGUCCUAUCAUACCGCAAUGGCGACACAAUCGCUUUUUGAGGAAUUAAUAGACAUCCCAGUCAGCAUCGAGAUAGCCAGCAAUUUUUUAGAUCGCCAGUGCCCCAUCUUCCGAUCAGAUUGUGUUUUCUUCAUUUCGCAGUCGGGCGAGACAGCUGAUACGCUAAACGCACUGAUGUACUGCAAGAGCAAGCAGGCGCUGUGUGUGGGCAUCACGAACACCGUCGGAAGCACAAUCUGCCGAGAGACGGAGUGUGGUGUGCAUGUUAACUGCGGACCAGAAAUCGGAGUGGCAAGCACAAAGGCGUACUCAUCACAGUUCAUUGUCCUCGUCAUGAUCGCAUUGGUUCUCUCCAAUGAUAACUUGAAACAUGAGAAGAGACGAAAAGAAAUUGUAGAUGGACUGCGGAACAUAAGCGGACUGAUAAAAAAAACGCUGGAGAUCGAUGAAUAUAUUAAGGGAUUGGCACAAAAAAUACGAGACAAGUCUGAUAUGCUCAUAUUAGGUCGUGGGUAUCAACACGCACUGUGUCUCGAAGCAGCGCUGAAGAUCAAGGAGGUGGCCUACAUGCAUGCAGAGGGCAUUCUGACCGGUGAACUAAAGCAUGGUCCGAUCGCACUCAUUGAGCCCGAGACACUUGUCAUCAUGAUCAUCACAAAUGACCACGUACUUAAGAAAAGUGAGAAUGCUGUGAGUGAGUUGAUGGCACGUAGGGGAAAGCCGAUCAUCAUCACAAAUAACGAAUUGGUAGACCGGUUUAAGAAGAUGGGCUGCAUGGCAGUGGGUAUUCCCACUACCGUGGAUUGCUUGCAGGGUCUUUUGACAGUUAUUCCUAUGCAAUUGCUUUCUUAUCAUCUGGCAGUAAUUAAAGGAUAUGAUGUAGAUUGCCCUAGGAACUUAGCGAAGAGUGUGACUGUCGAAUAA